AAUCGAUGGCCAACCGCAGGAGGAGACUGCGGGCGCGAGGUCUUGCUGUCAGAAAAAGCGCCAAGUUAUAUGAAUCCUGGGUUGUAAAAUUGUUUUCAAAUGAAUUAAACGCCUCAUCAACAUGUAAUUUAAAAUGUGCUAUGCAUUGGAGUGGGUUGAGUAAAAGGCCGAGAGCAAUUGACCGCUUUACCCGCUGACUGAAAUGCCUGGGCUCCAGAGUGAUUGUAGCAUGGCAGCUACUGUCAGCCCUGUAAAGAAGAGCCGGCUGUCUCUUAAGUUCUUCCAGAACAAAGAGACGAAACGCGCUUUGAAUUUCUCUGAUACGCUAGAGGAAGACGAGAAGGUCGCAGAACCCGAAGGACCUGCAAUUGUGAAAAUUGACUGUGACCAGGUAGUACCAGUCCCACAUCACUCCUCCACUCUUGCUUGUGAGAGGAGAGAGAACCUCGUGCCUUUUGUUGGGUUGAACAAUUUAGGGAACACCUGCUAUCUGAACAGCAUUCUGCAGGUGCUGUACUACUGCCCUGGGUUCAAAGAUGGCAUUAAAAAGUUGUACAAUGUGCUGUCAAAAAUGAAAGAGAAGCUGAAGAACGAAGCUGUAAAAAAUGAAGAGCAGGAGGGUGCUGAGCCAGACCUGCCUGUGAACCUGGAGCUGCUGGGGAGUUUCCACAGCCUGAUGGUUUCCCUGGAGCAGCUUCAGUCCAGCUUCCUGCUCAGUCCCGAGAAGCACGACGACGGGGAGCUGGCCACUCCACCGCGCAGGCUGCUCAGCGUACUCCGGCAGCUGAACCCCAUGUAUGAGGGAUACUUACAGCAUGAUGCCCAAGAGGUGCUGCAGUGCAUUCUGGGAUACAUUCAGGAAGCUUGUGAGACCAUAAAAGAGGGGCACAAUGGUCCCGAUUCUGCAGAGCCUCAGGAUCAGCCUCAGGUUUCUGCGGAUCAGCCUCCGGAUGUGCGAGCAGAGGGAGCUGCGGGGCCAGAGACGACCGCCUCCGAGGCCACCGGCGGCACCGCGGAGAGUCCGCCGAAAGACCCAGAGCAAGAGGAGAACCCGGAGGGGCCGGCGAACGGGAAGAGGAAAAGCGACACGGAGGCAGGCAACGCCAAAAAGAAGACCAAAACCCUCAAGAGCAAAAAAGGCGCACGGGACGGCGGAUAUUUAACCCGGUCCAAGCGCAAGUCCUCCAGCGACAUCAUCAGCGCGGAGCCCCCCGGAGAGGACGCCCAGGAGGAAGAGGAGAAGGGCGACCCGGAGGGCAAGGGUGACGGCGCCCCCGAAGGGCCCAACAAGAAGAGGCGCUCCAGGCUGAGCUGGCUGAAGCCCUCCGGGAAGCAGCCCAGCAUCUUCUCCAAGUUCCGCAGCAUGGGCCGGAUCAGCGCCCACGCGGGGGGCAGAGGCGGGGCCAGCCCCGAAGGCCAGAGGGGAGCGCCCCCCUCCUGCAAGGCCGAGGAGCCCGCGGCCCAGCCGCUCCAGAUCACAACGGAGGAGAAGGGAAAGGCCGAGGAGGAAGACGCGGCCGGCUUCGACCUGAUGGAGCGCAUGUUCCAGGGCCAGCUGGUCCUGCGCACGCGCUGCCUGGAGUGCGAGCGCUACACCGAGCGGAGGGAGGACUUCCAGAACAUCAGCGUGCCCGUGCAGGAGGACGAGCCCCGCUCCCCCGACUGCGGCUCCGAGGUUUCUCCAGACCCCAAGUUGGAGCCGAAGACCCUGAAGUGGGCCAUUUCCCAGUUUGCAUCAGUGGAGAGGAUAGUGGGGCAGGACAAGUACUUCUGUGAGACCUGCCACCACUACACUGAGGCAGAGAGAAGCCUCUUGUUCGACAAAACCCCUGAAGUUGUGACCAUUCAUCUCAAGUGCUUUGCAGCAAGCAGCUCAGAGAUCGACCCGUACGCCGGCCUGUCCAAGGUGAACACCCCCCUGCAGACCCCCCUCACGCUGUCCCUGGAGGAGUGGGGCAUCAGGCCCUCCAAGGAGCGCUACGAGCUGUUCGCCGUGGUCAUGCACAGCGGGGUCACCAUCAGCAGCGGCCACUACACCGCCUUCAUCAAGAUGCUGGACCUGAAGGAGGCACAGCCGCUGGGGGAGGACGCCAAGGAGGAGGCGCGGCCCCACGGCCCCCAGCAGCAGGAGUACGACGACGGAGAGGUCUCCUUCAGCCUGGGCCCCAAACCGCAAGCCGCCGCCACCGGAGGCAAAGCGGGCAGCAAGAAGGGCCUGUUGGGAGGCCAGAGGAGCGUCUCCUCCAGCUUCGAGCUGGGGACCAGCAAGCAGGCCAACCCGGACAAGGCCGCCGGCCCGGCAGCCAGCGCCGCUGGAGACCAGGGCGCGGCCCAAAAGAGCGGGAACCCCGGCGGAGAUGCCGGCGAGGAGGGGCGCGCGGCGUCUGGAGAGACCGCCCCGAACCUGGCUCCGGGCAGCCUGCUGGACUACGAGGGGAAGUGGAUGCUGUUCGACGACUCCGAAGUCAGGCUCUUCCACGAGCGGGACUUUCUGAACGCCUGCUCCCCAGAGACUUGCACAACGUCCACCCCCUACCUGCUCUUCUACAAGAAGGUCUGCCAGGAGUAAAGCACGUCGUUCUGUCAGUGCUUUUUGAUCUUCUCUAGCGUGAGAGAUGGUGAUGUUUAUAGCCCCUGCAGCGCAUGAAAAACCUGUUGGCAGAUUUGUCCACUUGCACAUUUUGAGUAGUGUUGCAUUUAUGAUCUAUUUGGGCCCUUGUUUGUAUGGCACUUGCAGUUUAUAAGAUACUGUAAGGUGGCAAAUGAACUUGAAAUUCUAUAUCGAAUAUAUUUUCUCAUGUGUCUUUUUCCCGUUUAGAUUUCUACAAAUGCAAUAUAUUCUUGUAAGUCUGGUAUUUUAAGCUCCUUUUAAUUACUAUUUCAGGAUCGCAUUUUCAACAUUGACACAAUAAAUUACUGCUGUGAAUAAAUUUGUUUUAGAUUUUAA